GGGCACGGAAGAUAACAGAGCAUUGUCUUCCUGAAAUGCAUUCAGUGUAUGAACCAUCAGGACAGCUCUAUACAGGUGGAAGGUGAUUUUCUUCAAGAAAAGAAACAUGUGUCUGUAAUUUUUUAAAAAUUGAUGCUGGAGGUUUUGGCUCUGGAGAGGGGAUGGUCACCUGGACUUUCUGCAUGUGCUGCUGCUUCACCACCAACAUAGCCCUAGUGGCUUGGUUUGUUUUGCUGAUGGUUGGGAACAGUGCUUCCUGGAGCCAGUGGAUUCCCCACCUCCGCCUCUCAUACCAAGACCUGUCGAGAUCAAACAGCUCCUUCCUGUUGUUGGAGUCUGAGGAUGAUCUGGCAUUACAGUCGCUUCUUUUGGAUGAAAAGAGGGCAUGGCUGAUGGCAGGUGCUAAGGAUCACAUAUUUCUUUUCCAUCUUGACAGCCCCACCAGAGAGCCUCAGAAGAUUUUUUGGCCAGCUCCAAGAGAGCAGAUGGAACAUUGCAGGCUGGCUGGGAAGAAUCCUGAAACAGAAUGUGCCAAUUUCAUCCGCUUUCUCCAGCGUUUCAACAGCAGCCAUGUGUUUGCCUGUGGAACUGGCUCCUAUCAGCCUAUGUGUGCCUUCAUACAAAUCAAGACUGGAGCAGAGGACCCAGGGAUGUUAGCCAUGCAGCUGAUGACCUAUUCCAUUGAAUCCGGGAGAGGGAGGUGUCCCUACAGCCCCCAUGAGCCUUUCACAGGACUGCUCAUAGAUGGGGAGUUUUAUUCAGGCACUUCCAUUGACUUCAUGGGUAGCAGUGCUGCAUUCUUCCGGACACAGAUUGACAGAUCUGAUCAGAAUUACAUGCGGACGGAACAGAACCAAGAUUAUUGGUUGAAAGAGCCUGUGUUUAUUGGUGCCUAUGCCAUUUCUGACACUUACAACCAUGAUGAUGAUAAAGUAUACUUCUUUUUCCGGGAGACUGCUGUGGAAGCUGGGCAGUGGGAGAAAAGGCGCGUCCAUGCCCGAGUGGCCCGGGUUUGCAAGAAUGAUGUCGGCGGGAAGCACAGCCUCAUCAACCGGUGGAGCACAUUCCUGAAAGCCCGGCUGGUCUGCUCAAUCCCAGGUCUACAGGGCACUGAAACACACUUUGAUCAGCUGGAGGAUAUCUUCCUCCUCCACACCCGUAAUGCACAGGAUCCGCUGGUAUAUGGUCUCUUCACAGUGUCCAGUGGUAUUUUUAGUGGUUCUGCAGUGUGCAUUUAUUCUCUGGCAGCCAUUCGGGCUGCUUUCAAUGGGCCCUUUGCACAUAAGGAAGGCUUGGACUACCAGUGGGUGGAAUACAAGGAACGGAUCCCCUACCCCCGCCCUGGAACGUGCCCCAGUGAAACAUACGACCCUCUCCUCCAGUCAACAAAAGACUUUCCUGAUGAAGUGAUCAGCUUCAUGCGUACCCACCAUCUGAUGUGGGAUCCCGUUUAUCCACUCUAUGGGAGACCAAUCCUGAUAAGAGCCAAUGUGCCCUUCCAGAUUCAUCGGCUGUUGGUGGACAGAGUGGAGACUGAGGCUGGACAGGUUGAUGUUCUCUUCCUUGGAACAGAUGCAGGCAAAGUGUUGAAGGUAAGGGUUGCUGGCAUCAGAGGUCAAGACCCACAAGAAAUUAGCCUGGAAGAGAUCCAUAUUUCAAAGAAGCCUUCCGCCAUUUUGGACAUGCAGUUUUCUCUAACAAGGCAGGAGGUGUUUGUGAGCACCACCAACAGCUUGGUCCGUCUCUCCCUGCAUCGCUGUGAACUCUAUGGCAAAACUUGUGCCGACUGCUGCCUUGCUCAAGAUCCGUAUUGCACUUGGGAUGGCAAGUCCUGCAAGCCUUACCUGCUCACCAAGAAAAGGCGAGCGCAGUGCCAACAUGCAGCAAAGACCAACCCAACCAGUCAGUGCCAAAAUGAUCCUAAAGCUGCCUCUCAUGUUGUUUCUGGAAGCCUUAAAUGCCCGUGCAGCUGCUGCCAUUACCACAGAGGAAUCACAACUGCAGAGGAAAACAGGUCAGCAGCUUCUGGAAUUUCCUUGGCGGAGGAAAAGGUGAUAUUUGGUGUGCAGAACAAUGCGACCUUUCUUGAGUGUGUUCCACGCUCCCCACAGACCACUAUUCGUUGGCUUGUGCAACACAGCCGUACACUGGCUCUCGAGGAGAUUGAGAGCACUGGCCGCUUCUCUGUCCUAGAGCAAGGAUUGCUGAUUAGUCGGCUGGCCCAAGAGGACGCUGGGAUUUACCGCUGCCAGAGGAUAGAGCACUCCUUUGCACAAACCCUUGCGUACUACAGCCUGCGCAUCAUUGGACACCAGGCCAUGGCAGCAUUGACCUCUAAGCUUAGCAACAGCACAGAGGAAGGAGAAAGCCACACUAGCACCAUCCCCAGGUCAGAUCUGCAGUUUCAUUAUAAAGGCAACUCAUGGGCCUUGGGAGCACCUGGCACCAAUCUGGAUGAGUUUUGCACAGCUGUCCAGCAGAGGAAAAGAUGGAGGCAAAAGUUCUGGAACCCAAAGUUCCAGCAGCAUCCCUUGGAAACCAAGAAAGGCAGAGUGCGCCGGCAACCUGGACUCCUGUAGCAAUGUUGGACUAACUAAACCUUACAAAUGGGUACAGGAAAUCCAACUGGACAUGUUAGGCAUACAUUUGUAGCCCCUUCAGCUACUGUACCUUGUUCAGAUAAGUCUGUCAUUAUGUGGUCUCCAGGCUCCUCCUACUCUAAAGGUUAAAGAAAGCCACCCAAUUUUUCCUCAAGGCAAAAAUCUGGUUUUGUUCCUCACCUUGGAUACUCAGAGUAUGCAUAUGUUAAGGCUUAAUCAUGCAUGCCUGAGAAAUUCGGUAAAAUUUGUUUCUUAACUUGCUCAUUGACCUGCUUUGACCAAUGGCAAGACUCUUCCUCCCUAUAGAUUGGAUAGGAG